UUGGGUUCGUGGUUGUUUUCGAUUUACGUCUUCUUUGCUGUUCUCUCUCUCUCUCUCUCUCGUCUCUGUUUAGUGGCUUGGUAGUUUGGGAAGGAUUAUGCUUCGUUCCCUCCUUCCUCCUCCUCCAACAUCGCUGUUAUUAAAGUUUUGGGGCUCUGGAAAGAAUGAGCAAUGAUGAGUUCCCUCCUUUAUUUGGAACAUGGCAACACAGUCAAGCUGAUAGGAGCCCAAUAGUGCUGGCUCUUAGGGCUGGGUUCUCUUCUCCCAGUGAAUCAAGCAUCUUGGCUUCUCUAGAAUCCCUUUCUUUUGGGGUGAUGCGACCCGCAAGUGGCUCCACCGUGGUGCCGAAGCUCACCACUGAAAACCAACAGAUGGUGAUGGCCCACAAGUUGAAUGGGAGCAACUAUCUAGAGUGGUCAUAAAGUGUCCUAAUGUGCCUAAGAGAUCGACGCAAGGGGAAAUAUAUAAAUGGCCAAGCGCCACAACCACAACUAAACAACGCCUCUUUUUAUACAUGGUUUGUUAGAAAUGACUAGGUCAUGACUUGGUAAUGCAACUCAAUGACACUAGGGAUCAGCAAAGGUACUUGUUGGCUAGGACGGUUGAGGAAAUCUGGGAUGUUGCUAAAAGAACCUACUCUUCAGUUGGCAACAAAGCUGCACUCUACCAAUUAAACAAACAACUUUGGGAGCUUGAACAAGGUAUGAUGACUGCAACACAUUAUUUUAGUGCUCUCAUGAGAAUUUGGCAACAACUCGAUUUAUUUGAGGUACAGUCAUGGACAUAUAUUGAGGAUGCUCAAUACUAUAGAGAACUAAUUGAAAGAGAAAGAACAUAUGAUUUUUUGUUAGGACUAACUGAGUUUUCUGAAGAUGUUAGAGACCAAGUUAUGGGCCUCAAGCAUGUGCCUUCAUUGUUUGAAUCAUUUAACAUGGUCAAGUGUGAGGAAAGCAUAACGUAACUCACCCAAGCCCCUAUCACACAAGUUGAGGCAUCUGUACUUGUCUUUAAAGGAGCCAAUAUGUGAUUAUUGCAACAACAAGGGUCACACUAAAGAAAUCUGUCGGAAACUCUAUGGAAAACCACUUAACAUGAACAACAAACAAAGAUAAGAAAAGAAGAGCUACCGUGCAGAAAAGAAAGAAGAGGAAGGAGAGAGGGAAGAACUCCAGUUAUUAAGGCGAGUCCUAGAAAAACAAAGCAGUCUUCCCAACACCAACUUGGUACAGUCAGAAGGUAAGCAGUGUCUAAGCAUCAUUGAACCCAGACCAGGAGGUAGCUAUGUACAAACAAGAUGUUCCUUCCACUAUUUUGAUGGGUCUGCCAAACUAUGGGCCAAGUGUCUAAGAGAAAUGACAAAGGAAAAGGAUCAGGCCCAAACCUGAACAUAGCAUACAAGACUAAAAGUGGAGGGCAGAAUGGGAAAGAUUGAUGGCCAACGAAUUUCUGACAAUAGCAGGGUAGUGGGAAUGCAUAUAAAGGCUGUAGGGCGAGUUGUGAGAGGGUUGCAGUGACAGCAUUUAUCUUAAAUAUCUAUUCCUGUUUUAAGUUUCUAUGCUGAAAUCUUUCCCCUUUAACUCAUUCAUGUGAAGAAGUGUAAGGAGGCUUUGUAUGAAACCUUUUAUUCUAGAGAACGGAGGAAGAGUAGGUAUUUGUCCUAUCCCUACACAAACAUGGCAGCAGGACACAAAGGUUUGACUGUUAAAACAGAAGACUCAGAGACUCCAAGCCAUUGUCAUCAAGUACAAGGUUCAAGGGCAGCUAAUAAUCGUUCUAACAGAUCUCCUAUAACUGCUAAAUCUAGUAAGAAGAAAUUACGAAGUAAAUGGUGCAGAAAACACGUCCGAUGGAGUACUAUGUCUAGCAGUCAAGAAUUCAUAAAUGCAUCUUCAUCAGAAUUGCUUUUCGGCCUUUACUCUAAAGCUCUUGAUUGUAAUUUUUCAUACAAGAAUAGCAAAUCUGAUUUAGUUGAGUGGUUCUUUAGCGCAUAUAGAUUAUCAACAUUCCAUGAUGAGGCUGAACUUGCUGCUAUCCUGGAAAAUCAUAAGAGUAGAAAUACAGGGACACCAAUCAGAAAUGGUUCCCUAAAGGUCAAUAGUGAGCCGGAGGAAAAGAAAAAGAAAUUGGAACCAACACGGAGGCGCAGGAAUAAAUCCCUUCCAAGCCAAUCAGAUGUGAAUAAAAAGAUUGCUGCAAGUGAAUAUCUCUCAGGAUGUACUGCAAAAAUGAAUAACAUAAGGCCAGAGGAGACCAUGGAAGAUGUAAAACCAGCACUUCCGUUGCAAAAUGUUAGGUCAACAACUUGUGCAGGGAGCAGCAGAGCUAAACGUAGUUUAGCAGCACCUAAAGCUUCCAGACCUAAAAAGACAAAGAAGAUAAAAGUUUCUCUGGAUGAUCCAAGAACUAAAGUCUCUUCAAACUUACCUGAUGGGGGUGAAAAAAGCAAUAAAAGCAGUUCAUUUGUAAUAGAUCUGCAGAUGGUGCCCCCACCUAGAAGCGGUAUUCCUGAAAAAAUAAGUGGUGAGAAUAAGGUUGAAAUAAAUUUGACAGGUUCAAAUCCAGAGUUAUAUGCCUCCCAGUUAGGUGGGGUUGGAAAUCUUGAUAAUGGGCUCUCUGCUACGAAUCCACCAGCGGAGCAUCUCAAGACUAAGCAUGCGACGGUCAUACCAGAUUUAAAUGAUAUUGGCUUUGAGGGAGACAAUGGCUUUUCACCUGACCUGAAAUCCAACCACAACCAGAGGAUGAACCAAGAACCUAAAUCAGAACUGUCAAGAAGCAUUUCUUCUGGUAUGGAAGUCAUUCAAACAAUUAAUUACAAUAGAAUGGAGAUCAAUGGAUCUUGUCUUCUCCUCCAAUUUCACCCUGGAGUUUGUUUGCCUUCAAAAGAUGAUCUAUUAUCUACAUUUUGUCAAUUCGGUCCCUUGAAUGUACCUGAAACACAGAUAUUGAAAGACAGUCAUGCUCAAAUUGCUUUUCUAAAAGGUGCAGAUGUAGAAGAAGCAUUUCGUAAUCUAAAGCAGAACAAGCAAUUUGGGGCAACCAGUAUUGAUCACAAUGAUCCUUCUGAAACUAUUGCAUCAUUAAAACAAUGUGAGACAAUGACAGGACAUUCUGGAUCCAUGCUACCGCAUUGUGGUAGACCUUCACUUGACUACAUUAAGCAUAACUUGGAGAUGAUGGCUUCAAUCCUUGAGAAGAAAGGGCAUGGUAUUUCACCGGAAAUGAGAGACAAAUUGGAGGGAGAAAUAAAAAGCCUCAUGGAAAAAGUGAACUCUAUUGGUUCUCUCCCUGUCAAAGACUAGGUGUUUGGACUUGGAUCCCAAGAUUAGUUUGUCUCCCAUUGUUGUAGCACGUGCUUGGGGUUCAGCUAUUGCAUUUAUGACCUUAAAUUAUUUUUUUCAUUAAUCAUGUCGAACUGGUGUUAAAGACACUGGUUAGGGAAACACGAUAUUGAUGUUGCUACUAGGAUGUCUUUUUCUGUUUUCUUUUUUAGAAUUAUUAUUAUAAUUAAGAGCAAUCUUGUGGCAUCCCCCCCCGGGGGGUUUUCAUGCUUUUUGUUUUUGUCAAUGGAACUUUGGUUGAGUAGUAAGAAAUUCACGAAGAGUUUGUUGGUUCAAACAUAGUUGGUGGAUCAAAUUAUGCUGAGAGCUGCUGCUUAUUUAAA